AUGAAGCUGUACCAAAGUCUUUUGACUACUGCCUUAUUGUUGUCGAGGAUUGAAGCUUCGUACACGAUUGACAAUGAGCAGGAAAAGACGGUUAGUGACGCUCCUACGGCGCGGAAUCUCGAAGCCACUCAUUUAACCAUUAAAUGGAUAAAAAACGUGUUGAAGAAGUUCUUAGUAAGGGAAUCUACUAAGAUUCAGGCAGAUUUGAAGCUUUAUGAGGGUUUUGAACAGUCGACGCUUGAGAGUCUGAGUCAUCUCAAGUUGUAUUAUGCUGCAUUUCGACAAAUGAAGAGUAAGCAAGCAGCCAAAGCUCAGCAGAUACAACCUCUCGAGGAUGUCAAGCCACGUCAUCCACAAUAUGGUAUUACUCAGGCCUAUUAUGACCAACACCUGCUUACAUAUCAAAAUGAUAUGGAUUACUAUUAUUUUCGGUUGCGUUACAUUCGUCUACAGCAAGAAUUAUUAAAUACUCUGUUAAAAGAGCUGGAAAACGGUAAGGGAAUCAUAGCGCUGAUAAGCAAGGUAAGUUCAUCGAGCACUGGGACAGAAAAGUAUUGA